UCCUUUGCUGCAAGACGAACCACCACCACAAGAAAGAAGCUCUGCCAGCAGUACUGGGUUACCAACGAAUUUGGGCAGCGAUAUUCUAAACGAAUUUAAGAUUACAAGUAACUCUGUGACGAUUCUACCAAGCAAGAAAAUUGAAUACCUCUGGCCUUUUUCUGGUUGCUGAAGGGGGACUGGAUGUAAGCACCCUGGCUCCAACAUGGAGACGCUAGAGAGACUCCAACCCAACAGGCAAGUGACCACCUUUAUUUUGACGGUAUUCUUGUCUCAGGCUAACCCUGCGCCUAUUUGUUAUUCUGUUCUGGAAGAAACAGAGAGCGGCUCCUUUAUAGCCCAUUUAACCAAGGACCUGGGCCUGGGAAUUGGGGAGCUGAACGCCCGGUCGGCUCGGGUGGUUUGUGACGAUGACAAGCAGCGCUUGCUGCUGGAUCGUCAGACUGGAGAUUUGCUUUUGAAGGAGAAACUAGACCGGGAAGACAUGUGUGGCUCCGUUGAACCCUGUGUGCUGCAUUUCCAAGUAUUCCUGGAAACUCCAGUGCAAUUUUUUGAAGGAGAAUUAUUAAUACAGGACAUAAAUGACCACUCCCCAGUAUUCCCGAAUAGGGAAAUGCUUUUGAAAAUACCGGAAAACAGCCAGCCAGGGACUGUAUUUCCGUUGAAAUUAGCUCAGGAUUUGGAUGUGGGUAGCAACGGUCUUCAAACAUACACUAUCAACGCCAAUUCUCAUUUUCACGUUCUCACUCGAAAUCACAGUGAUGGCAAGAAAUAUCCAGAUUUGGUGCAGGACAAAGUGCUGGAUCGAGAGGAGCAGUCAGAGUUCAGCUUAACCCUAAUGGCGCUGGAUGGUGGGUCUCCACCUAGGUCCGGCACCAGCAUGGUGCGAAUCCUGAUCUUGGACGUCAAUGACAAUGCUCCCGAGUUUAUGCACACUCCAUAUGAGGUGCAGGUUCUGGAAAACAGCCCCCUAGAUUCCCUAAUAGUUACAGUUUUAGCUAUGGAUGUAGAUGCUGGGAACUUUGGGACUGUUUCCUAUAGCUUGUUCCAAGCCUCAGAGGAAAUUAAACAAACUUUCUCAAUAAAUGAAGUCACAGGAGAAAUCCGACUGACAAAGAAAUUGGAUUUUGAACAAAUCAAAUCUUACCACGUGGAAACUGAGGCUACAGAUGGAGGAGGCCUUUCUGGGAAAGGCACUGUGGUCAUAGAGGUGGUAGAUGUGAAUGACAAUGCCCCAGAACUUACCAUAUCUUCACUCAUUAGCUCCAUCCCAGAAAAUGCCCCGGAGACCGUAGUCUCUAUCUUCCGAAUUCGAGAUAGAGACUCCGGAGACAAUGGAAAGAUGAUUUGCUCCAUUCCAGACAACCUGCCAUUUAUUCUAAGACCGACUUUCAAGAAUUUCUACACCCUGGUAACCGAUAGCCCUCUUGACAGAGAAAGUCAAGCCGAGUACAACAUCACCAUCACGGUCACUGACAUGGGAACCCCCAGACUGAAAACCCAGCACAACAUAACCGUGCUGGUGGCCGACGUCAACGACAACGCCCCCGCCUUCACCCAGACCUCCUACACCCUGUGGGUCCUCGAGAACAACAGCCCCGCCCUGCACAUCGGCAGCGUCAGCGCCACAGACACAGACGCGGGCGCCAACGCCCAGGUCACCUACUCGCUGCUGCCGCCGCCAGACCCGCACCUGCCCCUCGCCUCCCUCGUGUCCAUCAACCCCGACAACGGCCACCUCUUCGCCCUCACGUCCCUGGACUACGAGGCCCUGCGAGCCUUCGAGUUCCGCGUGGGCGCCGCCGACCGCGGCUCGCCGGCGCUCAGCAGCCAGGCGCUGGUGCGCGUGCUCGUGGAGGACGCCAACGACAACGCGCCCUUCGUGCUCUACCCGCUGCAGAACGCCUCGGCGCCCUGCACCGAGCUGGUGCCCAGGGCGGCCGAGCCCGGCUACCUGGUGACCAAGGUGGUGGCGGUGGACGGCGACGCGGGCCAGAACGCCUGGCUGUCGUACCAGCUGCUCAAGGCCACGGAGCCCGGGCUGUUCGGCGUGUGGGCGCACAACGGCGAGGUGCGCACGGCGCGGCUGCUGAGCGAGCGCGACGCGCCCAAGCAGCGGCUGGUGGUGCUGGUCAAGGACAACGGCGAGCCGCCGCUGUCGGCCAGCGUCACGCUGCACGUGCUGCUGGUGGACGGCUUCUCGCAGCCCUACCUGCCGCCCCCGGAAGCGGAAGCGGCGGCCGCGGCGCCGGCCGACCCGCUCACCGUCUACCUGGUGGUGGCCUUGGCGUCGGUGUCGUCGCUCUUCCUCUUCUCGGUGCUGGUGUUCGUGGCGGUGCGGCUGUGCAGGAGGGGCGGGGCGGGCUCGGCGGGUCGCUGCCCGGUGCCCGAGGGCCACUUCCCGGGCCACCUGGUGGACGUCAGCGGCACGGGGACCCUGUCCCAGAGCUACCAGUACGAGGUGUGUCUGACGGGAGAUCAUAGAACUGGUGAGUUCAAAUUCCUGAAGCCAAUAUUCCCUAACCUCUUGGUUCAGGACACUGAGAGAGAAAUCAAGGAAAGCCCCAACUGUAGAAACAGCUUUGUAUUCAGUUAAAUGCCGUAUUUGGUUAAGUGAGCCUCUCAAUUUUGUUAAGCCUAACUCACAUUGCAAUAUUUUCCUCUUAAGAGAUUGUAGUGUUACAGAAAUUUGUAUAUCUCUAUUCCAAACUUAUGCAUGUCUCUACUAAAUUUUCCUUUUAUAGUAUUCAUUGGAUUUAGCAUUUUUAGUUACAGUUGAUACUAUUUCUCCAUAUUUUACCUUCGGUUGGUGAUUAAUGUUUCCAUAGCUACAAAUUACUCAAGCGGUAAAAGAAAUUCUAUUAGUAUUUAAAUCAACCUCUUUUAAUGUCUUUUUAAGGAAACAGUUUAAAGCUUUUGCAUAAUCUUGAAUUUCUGUAUGUUUUUGGUGGUUUUCUUUACUUAUAUUUGCAAGGGCAGAGUGUUAGAAAUUCUUUGUAGGUACCUAGAGAUUCCUGUUCACCAUUCUACCAGGCUGUGCCCCACUAAAUAGCCAUGAGCAUAUAACUUAGCAUACUUGUAUCUCAUAAGUUUCACCUAAACAUGCAUUUUAUUAAAUUAUUAAUACACUACAAUUGUGACCUUAUCCUAUUCUGAGUACCAUAUAUGUUAGAGAUUAUUCAUUUGCUACUUACCUAGCACAUUGUAGUUGCUUCAUGAAUACUAAUAUUAAAAUAAAAAUAUUCUUAUUUAUAAAUAAGAGAAAAUCAUAUAUAAUUUGGUAUCAAAUUCUCUUCACUAAAAUAAAACUAAUUCACUGCUUGAUAACAUACUUAAAAAUCUUAGAACGUUAAGUAAACCCUAAAUCCUUUAGAAGGACUCAAGAGGUAGAGGGCAUCAUAUACUUUCCUGUCCUUCUUUUGCCCUAUUAAUAAAAGUUCAAAUGUAAGUACAAAGUAUGUGUUUUUCUUGGCUCUCAUACAGUUUUUCCAUAUCCUUCAAAAAAGGCACAAUUUCUCUUGAGUUUUGUUGAUUGUAUUCUAGUCUGUACUCUAAGUUAUUUUGUAAACAUGAGCAGCUUUUAUCAACAAAAUGAUGAUUUAUUUUUGAUGUCCAAAUGACCUUUUGUUUUUCCUUGUAGCUUUUGUGUAUUUUGCAUAAAUUUACUUUUUCAAUUAUGCUAACUUUCAAUAAUAAGAAGCAUUGUUUUUUCCUUUAAGACAAUAAGAAUAGAAAUAGAAAUUAAGAAAUAAACUUAUCUGAAUUAUAAUUGUUUUAUGUUGUGUUCAUUAGGCCAAUUAAGAUGAUUUGUGAUUUAUAACUAAAUUUAUAUAGCUAUACCUAUAAGACCACUUAUUGAACUUUUGGCACAAUAAGAGUAAUUAGAGUUUGCUUUAUAACCUAAGUAUUUAUUUUUAAAUCUCAAGUGUCAUCCUACUGGAAUUUAAUUA